AGGAGCUACAAUGACCAUUUUUAAUGGAUUUUUUAAGGGGAUACAAUGACCAUCUUUGACUAAGAUUUUAGAGCAGGGACCUCCUAAUCACAGCCAUAAGUAUGUGUUACCAAGACACUGGACCCUACAGUAGCUACUGUACCUGAUGUUCACACAUGCACUUCUGAGUUCUGAGCUCAAGCAGUGUGGAGCUCAGCUCAGAAGCACCCAAGUGAAGUCACACACUCCCAUGGAGCUCAACUCCUCUUCUUCCUCCUCCCCUUACUUCCAACCUUCUGCAACCUUGCCCUCCACAAGAAGAAACUCGUUCCAGGGAGUAGGAGUUGGCGCAUCAGCAGCCGGAGCUCGAGGAGGAGCGAACCCAUUUGGACCCACAUUCAGUGACCCACAUUUGGAGCUCAAGACUUCAGAGUUCGUCCUCCCCAUGGCCGCCAUGGCCAGGAGCAACAGCAGCAACGGCCAUGUCUACCACCACCACCACGAAACCUCCACCACUUCCUCCUCCUCUUCCUCCACGGCCUCGGCUCAGAGGAGAUCAAUGGAGCACUACCAGCAGCAGCAGGUCCCGGGGACUCCAGGGCGGCCAUUGCUGUUCCUCAGCUCCUCGUCCUCCAGCCCCGCACACCCCCACCAGCUCGUCCCCUCGCGGCGGCCGGUGCCGUCGAAAUGGGAGGACGCGGAGAAGUGGCUGCGGCAGUCGUCGUCGUCUUCUUCCGACCACCGCGGCAAACCCAGCUCCUCCAAGCAGCACAACAAUGGCGGCGGCGGCUUGGUUCAGAGAGCCGCCGGUGCGGAGAAGAAGGAUCCGGUUACGGCCAGGAGGAGCUCACUCGACAGUGCCCUUGCGCUCUACACGCCGCCUGCAGAAGUACUCCUCAAAGACAAGUUCACGGAGUCUGACAACGCGGAGCCGUCCAAGGAGAGCUUCGUGUUCCGGAGCUCCUCUUACUGCGAGCCGUCGGCGCCGAAGAACAAUGGCGAGCUCCACCGGAGGGACAUGGGCACGGAGAUGACGCCCAUGGAGACCUCGCGGUGCCAGACGCCGGUCAAGAGCUCGUCGUCCCCGGCCAGGCACAACACGCCCACGGGAGCCCGGUCGGGGCCCCUGGUGCCCUACACCGGCAAUGGCGGCAAGGACAUCUCGGAGCUGACGGACUGCCAUUUCGCCAAGUUGGAUCUGGGGGCCGGCGCGCAGUUCGACGACGACGCCAUGCUCGUCAACUGGAGCUCCAAGGAGGAGGAGGAAGAGGAGGUGUCCAAGAGCCUCAGGCACUUCGAGGCAAGCACCGCCUGCGAUAGGCGGGGCGCCGCCAUGGCCGGCGAGUGCCGGUGGGAGGAUGAUGAGAGGGCCAAGAGCUGCAUAAGGUAUCAGAGGGAAGAGGCAAAGAUUCAGGCCUGGAUUAACCUGGAGAGUGCCAAAGCUGAAGCACAAUCAAGAAAGCUAGAGGUGAAGAUCCAGAAGAUGCGGUCGAGCCUGGAGGAGAAGCUGAUGCGGCGGAUGACGAGCGUGCACCGGCGCGGCGAGGAGUGGCGCGCGGCGGCGCAGGCGCAGCACCUGCAGCAGCUCCGGCGCGCCGCCGCCACGGAGCACCAGCACGCCCGGCGGGUGAAGACGAUCAGCCAUCGUCUAUCCGGUAACAGGAGCAGCAAUGCCUCAUCUUCCUGCGGCUGCUUCCCCUGCAACAGCAAUGGCGGCGGCGUCGUCAGCGGCAACUUGCUGAACUACUACUAGAGUAAUAGUACUACUGGAUGUGUACUUGAGAACAUAGGUGACCCGGCGGCCGUGGAAGAUGUGUAAUUCAGAACUCAGAAGAGGUUGAUGAUUCUUCUGGAACGUGUGAAUCAGGUGGAGUCAUGUAGCAGCAUCAAAGGAUGAGUUAUAUACUGAAUGUUGGCAUUAUUGUUUCGUUAAUCCGUUGCUAAGA